GUCUCCGUGGCUGUGGAACAAUGGUGCUUGUGAGGAAGCUGUAUAGCAUGGAUGGCCUUUGAUCAGCCUACACAGACAGCAGCUAGCGCGGACGCUGGAGUAUGCUCGCUGUCAUAGCGUAUGGCAGCGCAUUAUUGCCACUAUAUUGACGAUGCCAUCCUUUACUGCUUCGUCUGCGCCCUCUCGGUCAUCGUCGACGUCACCCUCGACAUGGCCGCCCUUGCGCCUCCCUUUAACCGACCUGCUGGCAGGCAGCGCUGCGGGUGCAGCGCAGGUGAUCGUCGGACAGCCGCUCGACACGGUGCGUGUGCGUAUGCAAACUGCUCCACGCGGUGCAUUCAAAGGCACCUGGGACGUGUUGGUCCAGACAAUACGGUUCGAAGGCGUCAGAGGGUUGUUUAAAGGCAUGGCAUCUCCGUUGCUAGGGAUAUCCGCGCAGAACAGCCUGCUUUUUACAGCCUUUGCGCUUUCGAAGCGUCUCAUCUCACCGUCCAGCACGCAGCUCAGCGUCGCACAGACGGCUGCAGCGGGGUCCAUCGCAGGAGGCGCCAACGCCAUCCUCGCCAGCCCCGUCGAACUAUUCAAGAUACGCCUGCAGACACAGUAUACGCACAGCGCUGCAAAUGCAGAAGGCACGGCCGCGACGCAGAAACUGAGCGUCAUCGCGAGAGACCUAUGGAACCAACACGGGCUCGCAUGUGGGGUGAUGCGUGGCUUCCAGAUUACCUUCUUUCGCGAGAUCCUCGCCUAUGCGGGCUUCUACGGCGCCUUCGCAGCGUCCAAGCUUUUCUGGCAGCGUCAGCUACUCGAGCGCGAACCUGCUGGGUACGCACCAUCAGCCUCAUAUUCGCAAACGCAGCAAACGCUCCCCAUCUGGGCGCUCAUGGCGAGUGGCAGCAUGGGCGGGAUAGCAAACUGGCUCGCAUGUUAUCCGCUCGACGUCAUCAAGUCGCGUGUGCAGCAAUCCACCGCACCGUUGCCGCGCGCAUACAUCCUGCACUACUUUCGCACCAUUGCGCGAGACGAGGGGCCGUCUGCUUUCGGCCGGGGCUUGAUGCCGACUCUGCUCAGAGCCAUUCCCGCUGCUGCUGCAACUUUCACAACGUACGAGCUUGUCAAAGGCAUGCUCGAAUCAUAGUGCAGGCUCUGUAGCCAAUAUCAUCGGCAUUUCAUCAUCGACAUCAUCAUAGAGAGUGGGCAGAU